GGAAAGUGGCAUGGCAGCGGUACAGCGUCUCUGACGAACGGCCUUGUGUACAAGGGAACAUUUGUGCAUGGUGACAUGCAUGGAAACGGAGAAAUCGAAUGGCCGAGUAGGCUGCGAUAUCAAGGAGAAGUGAACAAGAACAUGGCGACAGGUAAAGGAAAGCUCGAAUGGCCCAACGGCGACUACUACCUCGGUAGAUGGUUCGAAGGGAAACGACACGGCUGGGGGAAAAUGACGUACGGGAACCGACAGGAUCAGUGGUACGAGGGUGAGUGGAAGGAAGGUGCAAAGAGCGGGAAGGGAACGAUGCAAUGGAGUACAGGGAAUGUUUAUGUCGGCGAGUUUGUUCAAAAUUGCCGGGAAGGACAAGGAAGAAUGCAGUGGAUGGACAGGAAUGAGAUCUACAUAGGCGAAUGGAAGGCAGACAAGCUGCAUGGUAUGGGGAGAUACUUGUGGUUAUCUGAUGUUGAGGUCAACAAGAAUCUUGCAGUCUUCAACCAGUAUGUUGGUCAGUUUGCAGAGAACCAGAGGCAUGGCUUCGGGAUAUUCUCCUAUGCAGAUGGGUCGAGGUAUGUCGGGGAUUGGAAUGCAAAUCUCAAACACGGCAAAGGCACCAUCAUUUCAUCUGUUGGA